GCUGUCCUGUGCGUCCUCCGUGGGCCUCGGCCCCAGAGCAGAGGCGGAGGCAGGAGUCGCUGCGUCCUGCGUCACCCGUGGUGGGAAAGACACAUCUCAGAAAACGUGUGCGCUCGGGAGGGAGCUGCUAAGAGGGGGCAAUAGGAGAUGCAGAAAAGUCUCUGUAUUUCGUUGUUGCCUCUCCAGAGCUUAAGUGCGUUCCUCAAAGACUUCAGGUCGAGUCAGCAAAUUUGACCCUGUUCUAGCAGCUGCCGCUCUGCAGGGAAGUCUGCUGGGUCUUUGGUGGUGGUUCAAAUAAGCAAAGAAGAACAGGGGCAUCCUGGAUACCGGAAUGCCUUGCCAUGUUUCUUGUCACCGAGGUGGCUUUGGUUUGUUAAUGAUCUCGUGAUUGCUUAAUGUAAAACACAGGGACAGUCUUGGGAUUGUAAUUCAAGAGCUUCCCCAGCACUGUCACAGGUCCAAGCUCCUCUGUGUGAAUCUUGUAUUGUUUUCUGCAGUGUGAGCUAUCUUCAGUGUGAUGUCUUCCUCCUUUGUCCUCUCUCUUCCUCCUGCUCAGUGUUUCUGAAGCCUUGUAAUUAAGGUGUUCUUUACUGAAGCUGGAAAAUACAAAUUCUAGCGCCCUCGGGUUGGGAGACUUGGGUUUUCUGUUUUAGCUAACCACUAAUACUCACUAAACUGCUAUGGCUCCACUCUUUUGUUAAAAUAGAGCUCUUGCAAUGACUGACUUGGUUUUUGUAAUUAAAAAAAAAAACCUUUACUAAUAUAUAAAACAAUUUAAAGGCUCUCCAACUGGCAUCUUGUCUCUGACGCUGGGCGGUCACAUGUUUAGUGAUACAGUAUAAUUAGGGGAGAUACAGGAAAACUGCUUCCCUUGAUAUAUUCUCUGAGUUCCCAGUUAACUCAGUUCUGAGGCAGUAAAUACGACGCGGUUCUUGUUUCAGUCUUCAAGAACAUUGUUCAGUAUUAAUAGCUGCUCCUAGUAGUUUGGAUUACGCUCACUUGUUCUUCAGAAGUAGGUGGUUUUUAAUGGGAGCGUAAUCUUUGGACUAGGGAGCGUGUUGAGUGCGCUUCAUAGGGCAUUCAAAUUUUAGUUUAAAACACAUUAAUAUCAUCCAGUGCUUUUAAGUGGGUGUAUCCAUUUUAAAUUUGGUCCUAAGUGUGUAUUUUUAUAUGCAUUAGAAACUGACCUUUACAACAUUCUCAGAUUACUAGUUUUCAGUUGUUGUCCAGUUUGAACACAGUCAGUCACCCUAGUGUUUGAUGGGAACUUCCUUCUUGAUGAUAUGACAGAGUUAAUUUUUAUUUUUCCUACCUAGAGUAUCUUCCUUGAUCCCAUUAUGAAAAAAUGUUUAGAAAAGGAAAAAAACGACACAGCAGCAGCAGCUCACAAAGCAGUGAAAUCAGUACUAAAAGCAAGUCUGUAGAUUCCAGUCUUGGGGGACUUUCCAGGUCUAGUACUGUGGCUAGUCUAGAUACAGACUCUACAAAAAGUUCAGGACAAAGCAAUAGUAACUCUGAUACGUGCGCAGAAUUCAGAGUUAAAUAUGUUGGUGCCAUUGAAAAACUGAAAUACAGUGAGAGCAAAAAUCUAGAAGGGCCCUUGGACUUGAUAAAUUACAUAGAUGUUGCACAGCAAGAUGGAAAGUUACCUUUUGUUCCAGGUGAAGAGGAGUUUAUUAUGGGAGUUUCCAAAUACGGCAUUAAAGUUUCAACAUCUGAUCAAUAUGAUGUGUUACAUAGGCAUGCUCUUUAUUUAAUUGUACGGAUGGUCUGCUAUGAUGAUGGUCUGGGCGCAGGAAAAAGUUUACUGGCUUUGAAGACAACAGAUGCAGCCUCUGAAGAAUGCAGCCUCUGGGUAUAUCAGUGCAAUAGUUUGGAACAAGCACAAGCUAUUUGCAAAGUCUUAUCUACAGCCUUUGAUUCCGUUUUAAUGUCAGAGAAGUCCUGAUUUUCUUCAGCGGCACGUGACCAUGUAGUACAAAGAGGCCUUUGUGUGUGUGAGGAGGAAACGGGGCUCGUUUGUGAUGCUGCAGACUGGCCACUUAGGUGCACGCAAACUCAGAAAAGACUUACUGUGCAAAGAAGAGCCAUGCAACACUGUACAUGGUACUUUAUCAUUCCCCAAACGUGACUUGAAAAAAAAAAAUCAUUCCACCUUCAGUUUCCAGGACAGAGUUUUAUAUUUAACAUGGAUUUUUUUUUCCUAAAGCAUUAUUUUGUAUAUUAAUAUCAGUACUGUAGAAAUGUAAAAUAAAACUGACACUUGCUUCUAA